AUGGCCACAUUUCGUCUCAUAGUUUCAACUAUAGCAGAUGUUACCUUACUUGCACAUACAAACAACAAUCCUAUCCCCAUUCGAGAUCUACAACUGAGUCCUCUAGGCAUGCCCAUGAAUUUUGAUAGUAGGGGUACCAUUAUGCGAUCGUACGUGGGAACGAUUAUUGAUAGAGUGAUUACAGUGAUAAGAGUGAAGGAUCCUGCAGGUAUCUUGAAAUUGCCAAAUAACCUUCUGUCCAUGGUAUUUGCUUGGACGGUAGAGAAUGAGCCUUGGCAGGCUAUCAUUAAGACGCCGGUGGACCACAUAGGAAGGAUCCUGAGCAAAGAUUUUAGUGACUCGACCUGUCUUACCGUGCAUUGGCUCCAUGGAUCUGAAAUUGAUCCAUCAGUGUUUAGGACUGUCUCAGCAUUUCUUAUUAAGCAAGCUUUGUUCAAACACCUAUAA